ACCCUUCCUGCAAAACAACUAACAGCUCCUGCCAUUCCGCGUAUUUAAGUUAUCGAUUUUUAACACUCCGGCGUGGGCUGUGGGAAUUCGUUAAAUCGAAGCAAUGACCCCUGGUUUUAGGAUAUACGUCGUUCGCAAUUCAUUCGUAAGUCGGUUCGAAUGUAACUUCCAUGCGUAGCUGCAGCUAGCUCUUUGUAUGGCGUACCGAUUAGGAGAGUGCGAUUGUGCAGUAAUUUGCCAGUAAGAAUUUACAUCACCCAUUCUAGUCCAUCAGCGUUUAUGGCCCCGUAAGUAGGAGGCAAACCAUUAAUGAAUGCCGAGGUUUGGUCCCAGCCUGUGCAGAUGUGCGAUACAAUUAACGCAACAAAGAUGUGCCGUGUCGCAGCUUCUACGGUCCCCGGUCGCCUGUGCCCUGCUGCCUGCCAUCAGCCUCAUGGCAGUGCCGGGAGCAUCGUUCGAGACUCGGGUGGCUGUUUCGGGACGUUCGCCAGGGAAGAGCCCCAGGCGGCCCAUCGCUGUGGAAAUCCCGAUUCCUCCCGACAGGCCGGACAGGCGCAACUCGUCCAUCAACAUUGUCACAAACCCGACGUUUGACAACCGCAUGGAGCAGACGGGCCCAGCCGAGGAAUCAUUGUACUCCACCAUUCAGCCAAAGCACGAGUGUGGAUCUAGUCCUGGAACGCCACCACCUCCUCUGCCCCCCAAGCAGCUGGAAGUCCUCUACACAAAGCCCAUAAAGAACAAGAAGACAAAACCUCGGGAAGGGUCACGAAGCUCCAAGGAUUUCGGAGAUGCCAAAGGGGAGACUCCUCAAGUCUGGAAGCUUCAUGUAUCCCAAGAGAACCCACCCAAACCUUUGCAAAGUUUGUCAGGUUGCAAUUGCCAGCAACUAGCAUCACUACUUCAAGAUAACUAUGCCAUGAAGCACGAACUACUCACCUACAAGGACCGGAUUAAAUCACUCACAACCAAGCUGAAGCAAUUUGAGGGCAUUUCGGAAGUCAUGAAGGAGUUGCAGAUGAGUGUAGAGAAAGUGUCGGAAGAGAACACCAAGCUGAAGCAGUACGAGAAACGCGUAACUGAAGCAAAGACUUUGGAACAAGAGAAAAGGGACCUCUACGAGCAGUUGAAGGACGCGCAGUCGCAGUACAAGUAUGAUGUCGACCACCUGAGCCAGCAAGUGAGCCAGCUGGAGAAGGAGAAGCAAGAAUUGGAGGCUGCCCUAGCCAAGGUUCAACAGGAGCACGACCAUCUCCUCAUCAGCACCCAGAAUUCAGUGUCCUUUCAGUUCCACACCACUGCCAUGCUCGAAGUCAAGAGGCUGCUAGAAGAGCUCAAACAAAAAUACCAGAAUGACAAGGAAAACCUGACACUCAAAGUUCAGCUUGCCGAGCAAGAGCGAAGCGAGCUAAAGCUGCAGCUUGUUCAGCUGGAAGAGGAAGUGAACUGGCUCCGGAGUGAUCACAGCACCCUGUCGGGCGCCUACCGGCGAGCUGUGCGCCAGAAUCACACCCUCGUCUCGCACCUGCAGGAGCUGCAGAACGAUGACUCUGAGAUGCAGUCCCUGCUUUCCUCCCUCCUUGUCACUGCCCACCAAGUGGUGUCCGAACGAGACAGCCUGGAGAUAAAGAAUGAGGAGAAAGAGAAGGAGUGCCAGCGCAUGAUGGAACUUCUCGGGCAGCACAACGUAGACCUGGAGCAGCUCAACAAGUACCUCAAGAACAUGCAAGACCAGACUGAGGAUGAGAAAUACAAAGCAAAGCUCAGGCGGGAGCUUGAAAGCAACUUGCAGGAAGAGUAUGAGCAGCAAAUCUCCCACCUACAUACCAAAGUGGAACAGAAGCAACAGGAACUGGAAAGGGUGCACGGGGAAAAACGGAAGCUGGAGAGAGAACUGGAGCAGCUGUGGCAAGUGUUUGCCCACGAGACGGACAUCAAGGCACUUCCGGGAGAAGCCGCCCAGAACUUCCUGUCGUGCACCAACUGAGUAAUUUCCACAGCAAUCCCAUCGUAGGGCUAGCAUUUCUCUGCCGCUACCAGUAUUAGACUUACAUCACCAUAAAUACUCUUCAAUUGCAGCCAAAAAGAAACUGCUCAAUAGCAGACACAAAACUAAUUGUUGCUAAACAAAAUGAAUGAAGGCUGUACACUACCGACUGCUGCCAAGUCAUAUCGCUCGAGAUAUCACUUAGCAUUAUAAGUAUAUAAAUAUAUAUAUAAAAGUGUAUAGCAAUGACUCCAGAUCCAUCAUUCCAUUAGCUGCAGUUGCGUAGCAUUUGCACACUCGGCAACACUCCUCCGGUGCUUUUGUAUUGUAUUAUAUAAUGUACCCUAUUGGUCUUCCCAAUAAACAAUGAAAUGAAUGAACAA